AUGGCUAUUGAGAUAUCCGACAUCAACUCUAAAAACGGCCAAAAUCAAAGUAUCUUUAGAACAACCAAUAAACCCCUUCGUGAAGGAAAGCUUCCAGUGACCUUGCUCAGUGGCUUUUUAGGCUCUGGAAAGACCACGUUAUUAGAGCACAUUCUCACCUCUAACCAUGGGCUUGGAAGAAUCGCCACGAUAAUAAAUGAUAUUGGAAGCGUUAAUAUCGAUGCUGCUCUUCUUCGUGAACAUAAAGUUAGUAACCUAGAAGAAAGGGUUGUGGAGAUGCAAAACGGAUGCAUCUGCUGUACUCUUAGAGGAGAUUUGUUGGAAGAAGUGGCUGCACUCUCGGAAGAUAAAAGCAUUCAUUGGCUGGUGAUAGAGUCAACAGGAAUCUCUGAGCCGAUGCAAGUAGCCGAGACCUUCUCGCCUGAAUUCUCUGAAAUGAUGCUCAUGGCGGCUGAUGACUUGAAACAAGAAAUGGAAAAGGAUGAAGCUUCAGCUAAACAAAAUGCCAAAGUCCAAGCUAUAUUGGCGAAGGGCGGGCUUCCGGAAGUCGCGUUCCUCGAUGCUGCAGUUACAGUUGUUGAUGCUGUCAACGUCUUUAACGAUUUCGAAACCGCUGAUUUCUUGGUGGAUCGAAAUGAUGCCAAGAACGUUCCAGAGGAAGACGAUCGCAACAUUUCAGACUUACUGGUUGACCAACUGGAGUUUGCUCAAGUUGUAAUUCUGAACAAGAUUGAUUUGGUUACGAGCGACGAGCUGAACAAGACAAAGGCCCUAAUCCAGCAAUUAAACCCUACCGCCAAACUUCUGACUUCAAAUUACUCGCGGAUUAAUCUCAGGGAGAUAUUAGAUACAAAGAUGUUUGACUAUACUAAAGCAGCGUUAAAAGGCCUUUCUCGCCGAAGCGUCUUUAGAAAACGAUCCGUAUUCGUGGUGAUUCAGGAAGAAUUCAUUGAUGACGGGGAUGAUGAAGCGGGUAAAGCUGCGCAAGAUGAAGAAUCUGCGUCCAACGACUCCGAGGGAAGUGUCCAAGGAAACACCGCGAUGGAUGAGGAUGAUGAUGACAAGGAUGGAGACGGUGAAGAGAAGCAGCCGCAACUCAACCCCAAAAAGCGACUCGAGUCGAAGAAGGCUUCCAAAACAUUCGCUCCGCUGUUGCGCUCUAAAGGGUUUUUCUGGCUUGCUACGCGUCCCACGAUGUUUGGCGAGUGGUCUCAAGCUGGCGUCAUGCUCACCAUCACUGGUGGAGGUAAAUGGAGAUGCGAAAUUCCGCGAGAAGAAUGGUCAGAUGACCCCGAGGUGAUCAAAGCAAUUCUAGCCGACUUCGAAGAGCCCUGGGGCGAUCGUCGACAGGAGAUAGUGAUGAUCGGUACCGAAAUGCGGUCGGGUGGUGAGAAGCGUCUUCAGGAAGCACUCGACGCUUGUUUGCUCGACGAUCAGGAAUGGGCACAGUGGAAAAAGAUCAUGAAUUCUGUUAAGAAGGGCCUCCGGACGAUGGAACAAAAGGCCGAGGCACUGGAGGAAUAUUUCGAGGACGGCUUCGAAGACUGGCAGGACCCAGAUGACAACGAAGGCCAUGAAGGGCAUAAUCACUAA